GAGAGAGGACUGAGUUUCCCCCUGGUUCUAACCUACUCCUGGAGUACACACUCUACCUCCAUCCAUUUCACGGAGUUGAAUCUUAAAAUUUAAACAUUUAGAGCAAGUCACAACCAAACCACCGGCGGAAAAGGACGCUUUAAACAUUAAUCUACGAAAGUGCAGUGAGCAUCAUGAGUAUCAAUAUUUUUCAAACAGUUUUCAUUUACAUCGUUUUGAAAUAGUUUUCAAAUCUUCAGAAAGCAUGGUGGUCCGUGCUAUUCUCUCACUAAUCUUGUUUUUAAAAUCUUCUUCUGGGUUUAUCCAGCUCAAUCCAGGGAUAGCGAUAAAAACUUCCAUUCCACUUCCCCAUCUUCCAGAUCUGCAUAAAAUCUCUGACAACGGUUAUCAGCAUGAAGAGAGCUUUAGAGCUCCUGAGAGCUACGAAACACCUCACAAGUCCCCAGAGACGUAUAUAACCCCACAGAUCUACAAUCCUUCUCAGAGUCUUUUUGAAAAUAAAUUUCAGUUUAUACCCGGAGGAAAGACGGAUACAACUCCUUCUCCGCUCUUCUACGGAGAUACUCAAAGACCGAAGAUCGGUGAAGAGACAGGUUUACAGGGCCCUUACAAGGUUCAUGUUCAUCCUGAACCCGGUCAACCUCAACCUCUUCAUGUAGACCAGGAUCAGGAUCCGUCCUAUCCUCAACACUAUGAUCAGGAUGACCCCUACGAACCAAUGGCGGAGAAUGAGGCGGAUUUCCAACCUUCCAUCUUUCCUCUCUUACACCAAGGGAAUACUAUAGACCAGGCGGAAACCUCCAGGGUUAGUUCAGACCUGGAGCUGGUUCAGGAGUAUAAGAAGCUGGAGAUUGAAGACGGAUAUCAGCAUAUAUCUCCGGGUACUAAAGAACCGUCCUUAACAUUCCAAUCUCCGAUGGCGAUUAACUCUUCGACAUCAAUCCAGGUGAGAGACUCUGACCCUAUUCAGCAACUGCACCAGGAGCUUAGCCUUGCUCCUCCUUUCCCUUACUCAGUUUACAAACAAAUACCCCUACCUGAACCUGAACCUUCUCCAGUAAAGGUUUACGAGAGAGAAGUUGAUAAUUUUGUUCCGUCCUUCCUGGAAAGCACAGCAGUCAGAGAGAACUCCGUUUUUAAGGACUCUGUGAGACUGGAUAUGGUUGAUGCUUAUAAGACUUACAAGCAACAAUGGACAAGCUCUGGUGAGAAGAAACUAGUCAAGGACGCGAGCAAGGCCUUGAAAGAAUACCAAACUCGGGUUAACCCUGACAUCACUGACAGCACUGUUAACUCACAUAUUGGAGAAUCACAAACUUACGACUAUAAAGCCCCGGAUUUUCACACUGAUGAGUACGGGAGACCAGAGAAUGAUCACGAGGGCGAGAAACCCCUUCAUCCCAUGUCCCUAAUGUACCUGGGCCCUAAGGGACCCGAGGCCCCCUUCUUCGGUACCAUGAUGUCGGACCUGCACGGCAUGAUGAUGCGGGGGGUGCGGAAUACCCAGAAUAUGUUCAAGGAAAUGGAUUUACAUAAUUCAGGAUCCAACAUGAUGCAUUCUAUAGCAUACACGGCAGAGGAUAUAAUGUAUAAAAUGACCAGCCAGUACGGGGAUGGUAAGCUGGAUAUCUAUGAUUGGAUUCCGCUGCUUGCAAUAAUAUUUCUCGGAGUCUUUGUUUUCGGUUCUCUCUUCCCAACCGCUGCAAUCGGCAGGAGUGCUCGGAGAGAUGAAGAUAUUAUUGAGUCUACAAUAUCCCAACUGGAGAACGGAAUCCUGAUCCUCUCCGCGAUCAAGGACGGAGGAACCUGCUCGGAGAAACUAGCCUGCUCCCUUGGCUCCGCAACCAGAUCAUCCUUCAAAUCUCCCCAGUCCAUCUUAGACGUAGUGGAUCUCCUUGUACCAAACAAAUACGCAAACUUUACAAGAACUUUUGAAAAGACAGUGAACUCCAAGGAGAAUUUAACUUGUAAGUCUGAAUGCAGAAGAUGUGUGAACUUCUAAAAAUAAUUUGUUUUGUUUUGUAUAGAAGUAACCAGAAAACUAGUUUUCUGUUUCUCACUGUAUAUCAAUUGUUGAACUGCCAGGGAGCCCCGAUAAACAUGGGAAUGACACCAUUGUGCAAAGUACAAUUGUUGUGUUUUUAUAUAAUCAGUAAAAUCUUUUUAAGAAUUUAAUCCUCAGUGGCCAGCUACUUUUAUUUAUUUAAUUUUUUUACAUUUCUUAUUAUCUUUUAUCUAGUUUAAUUGUUAAGUUUAAUUAGUCCUUUAUUAAAAUUUUAAAAAUAAUUCUUGAUGUGGCAAUCGUCUAAGGAACUAAACACUUGCCCCAAACUCUAAUUUUCUUAUUCUUAUAUCUUUGAAACCUGAUGUUGUAGGCCGACCUUUGAUAUUUGAAAAUGUUGAUUCUAAUUAGACCUGAGGAGAGAAAAAGAGUGGAUUAAGAACUAAAAUGAAAAGUUUCCACAUGGGAUAUUCGGAUCCAGCAGUCAGGGAUUAAAGUUUAUCCAGUCUAAAUUUCCCAGCUCUGAUAGUCAAAGGUUGAAAAAGGAUAACACCAUCAAAUUAUAAAGAAACAGUGAUUAGAAAAUCAGAGUUUUAGUCAAGUGUUCCUUUGGGGGUUUAAGAGAGUGGCUCUAAAUCCUUUGUAUUUACGUAUUAUUGUUAUUAUUAUUGGUAUUGUUAUCUUUAUCUGUUAUUAAAUAGACAUUUAUUCAGAAUAA